AUGUGCUCUGUUAAUCAGUUUUCCGUGCUGUGGUCAGGUAGAUACUUCAAGACUCUCACGACAUCCUGCUUCAUCCUAUUCCUGACUCCUUUGGCACAAGCAGGAAGUCAUGAUAAGCCUUCACUGUCUGCCUGGCCAAGCCAUGUUGUUCCUCAAGGACAGUAUGUGGAACUUCGAUGUGACUUUUAUAAUGAGUCUUACAUAUUCAGGCUACACAAAGAACAUGGGGAUCCUAACCAACAGGUCCAUGAAGGAGUGUUCCAGAGAAAGCUUGUCUUGGGUCCUGUGACAGCAGCAUAUGGAGGAAUCUACAGAUGUGAUGAUUUUAAAAGUCAAUACCCAAAUGAACUUACAGCAUACAGUGACCCUCUGAAGAUCAUAAUUUCAGAUAUCUACAGGAAGCCUUUCCUCUUGGCCCUACAAGCUCCUCAGGUAAAACUAGGAGAGAAGGCGACACUGCAAUGCCAUUCAAAGAUUAUGUUUGACACUUUCACUUUGAUGUCACAUAGAAAGAGAAUAAUCAAGGACUCUUACCAGCUGACUGCAGAAUUUCAUCUUGGGGGAUCCCAUGCCAACUUCUCAAUAGGUCCUGUGACACCUGAACAUGCUGGGAUUUACACAUGCUAUGGUUCUUUCCAUCAAACACCAUAUGAGUGGUCUGAAUCCAGUGACCCUAUUGACAUAAAUAUCACAGGUUUAUACAAGAAACCUUCUCUGUCAGCCUUGAUGUGUCCUGUGGUGAUGUCAGGAGAAAACAUGAUCUUGUCCUGCACAUCUGACCAUCAGUUCGAAAUGUUCCAUUUGUCCAGGGAAGGGGUACCUCAGGGACAUGGGAUUCCUGCAGUCGUGAGCCACAAUGGGAUAUCCAAGGCCAUCUUCCUUCUUGAUCCUGUGAUCAAGAAAGGGACCUAUAGAUGCUAUGGCUCUUUCAGGAAUUUCUCCCAUGUGUGGUCGUCCCCAAGUGACCCCUUGUACAUUCCUGUCACGGGGAAUUGCACUUUGUCCAGAGAACCAGACUCUAAAACUAAUAACCACAGGAUCAUGAAUAUGUUGAUUGGGCUAUCAGUGACCAUGAUCCUUGUCUUCUCUGUCAUCCUCCUCUAUUCUUGCUGUUCUACCAAAAGGAGUAAGUCUCAAAACAAAGACAAUGAGUGUCAUCUGAAUAGUGUGAGAAAACAAAACCAGAGAAAUACAGCAAACUUGAAUGAAGAGUCUGAAAUGAGAACAAUACUGAAUAGACAGGACCCUGAAAGACAAGAAGUGCAGGAGGUGGAAUACUUAGAAUUUGAGCCAAUGAUCUUCAAACAACAACUGACCACUUCCAUUUCCCAGAUUACCAAGGAAUUUUCCACAGAUCCCAGUGUGUACAUGGAUGUCAGGAAAUAUUAA